UUCAGCUUUUCAAAAUUAUAAUAAUCUACCCGUUUCUUUAUUCUUAAGAUCAUAAAUUAUAAACUUAUUUGGCAAACGACUCUCGAACGUUGAACGAUUAGAAGGUAAGAACUUAUCAAGAUACAUUUUAAAUCGCUUUAAUCGCAAUAACAUGAUUCAGACAUCGAAGCGUCGUAUCGCCAGCUGAUAAAAUGUCCUGAACCCGAACAAACCUAACGAUAAAAUUUAUAGCUCCCAUUAAAUUCGUUGUACAGAAGAAAGAACUCAAAAUGGGUAUAUAAAGACUGAAGAAUAUUGCAGAGAGACAUAAGUGACAUGUUUGAAAUGAAAGUGUUCGUAGUUCUCCUCCUGGCUCUGGCCUCCGUCUCCGCCGGCGUUCUGCCCAAGGGAACUCCAGUGCAUCCCCGAGAUCGAGUGCGCAGUCUCUCCAUCCAAAAUCGUAUCAUCAACGGGAGGGAUGCCGUCGACGGCGAGGUUCCUUACCAGGUGGGAAUGGCCUUCUUCGACGACAGCGGCAGUGGCUGGUGGUGCGGUGGCUCCUUCAUCGACAAGGAACAUGUGCUGACUGCUGCCCAUUGCACCAUCGGGUGGGUAACCGAACGGGGGGAAACUUCAUCAAAAAUAGAAAAUGAAUACUUAAACUUGGACAACUUGGAGAAUGCGUCCUUUGUUUUCAUCUAUGAGGGCUCCGCCAAACUCGGCUCUGCCACUAUUAUCGUGGUCGAUGGCAGCGAGCUUACGACGCACGAAAGCUACAACCCGUACAAUCUGCGCAAUGACAUCGCGUUAGUCAGGACCCCCGUCCACCACUUUACGGAGUUGAUCAACAAAAUCGCACUUCCGAAGAAAGCCAGCAACUGCGAUGCCCACGAGGGCAAGACCGCCCAAAUCUCAGGAUUCGGCCUGAUCUCCGAUAGCUCCACCUCAAUCCAUGAAACGCUACAGAUCGCCAAGGCGCCCAUAAUCCCGAACAUUGAGUGCUCAAAUUACUAUGGAACCUCGGUGGUGACCGAGAGGAACGUCUGCAUCAACACCGAAAAGGGGUCUUCCACCUGCAGAGGCGACUCCGGCGGUCCGCUGGUCGUGAAUGGCGUCCAAGUCGGCAUCACCUCCUUCGGGUCGAUUUUCGGCUGCGAAGUUGGGGCUCCAACCGGCUUCACCUGCGUGUCCUACUUCCUGGACUGGAUCCGGAAGCAUACCAAGGCUGAGCACGAGUAA